GAGCCUGAGGAACCUGAGGAACCUGAGGAGGAGCCUGAGGAACCUGAGGAGCCAGAGGAGCCUGAGGAACCUGAGGAGCCUGAGGAGGAACCUGAGGAAUCUGAGGAGGAGCCUGAGGAACCUGAGGAAACUGAGGAGCCUGAGGAGCCUGAGGAACCUGAGGAACCUGAGGAGGAGCCUGAGGAACCUGAGGAACCUGAGGAGCCAGAGGAGCCUGAGGAACCUCAGGAGCCUGAGGAACCUGAGGAGCCUGAGGAGCAACCUGAGGAACCUGAGGAGCCUGAGGAGCCUGAGGAACCUCAGGAGCCUGAGGAACCUGAGGAGGAGCCUGAGGAAACUGAGGAGCCUGAGGAGCCUGAGGAACCUCAGGAGCCUGAGGAACCUGAGGAGCCUGAGAAAACUGAGGAGCCUGAGGAGCCUGAGGAACCUGAGGAGCCUGAGGAACCUGAAGAGCCUGAGGAACCUGAGGAGCCUGAGGAGCCUGAGGAACCUGAGGAGGAGCCCGAGGAACGUGAAGAACCUGAGGAGCCUGAGGACCCUGAGGACCCUGAGGAACCAGAGGAACCCGAGGAGCCUGAGGAGCCCGAGGAACCUGAGGAACCUGAGGAACUGAGGAACCUGAGGAGAACUGAGGAACCUGAGGAACCUGAGGAGCCUGAGGAACCUGAGGAACCUGAGGAACCUGAGGAACCCGAGGAACCCGAGGAACCUGAGGAACCCGAGGAACUGAGGAGCCUGAGGAGCCUGAGGAACCUGAGGAGCCUGAGGAACCUGAGGAACCUGAGGAGCCUGAGGAACCCGAGGAACUGA